AUGUUAGAGCUAGCGUUCGACCAAAAAGCGUCAGCCAGAAUGGCGCGCCUGCUAGCGAUAGCGGCCCUAGCGGCCUGCAUAGUGUUCCUUUGCCAAACGGCCCCCGUCCAGGGUCGUGUGAUAGUGCGACGGCAGGCGGAAGAGUCUACCACGAGCGUCCCGACGCCGAACGAGGAAGCGGAGAUGACGACGACAAUGGUCGUUCCGACGAGCAAGGUGGCGACAACUCCACCACGACCAAACGAUCGGUUCGAGCAGUUCCCGAUCGACGGCGCGACGUCCGAGGGGAUCUCCACCGGUUCGGGUGUGUCCGAGAGUGAGGACACCAUGGCGUCCCUUUCGGAAACCGGUGAACAGCAGUCGAAUGGCAGUGAUGGCAACGAGGUGACGACACUACCGCCAUCGUCCGCGCAAGAGACAAAAGAGUCCCAGGCCUCAGGCCCUAGCGCUUCGGAGGAUGACGGUGCGAGCCUGAUGUCCCGUUCGACCGCCGAACAGGGCUCGAGUGCUUCCGGUGCGAGCAGCCAACUAUCGGAAUCGGAUGUUUCGGAGGACAGGGAAGAUUCGACCGCCGUACCCACCGAAUCGGUUGUCGCUAACGAAAUCACCACACCGACGCCAACGGUUGCCCCGGUUCAAGCCGGUGAACCAGAAUCGGAAAGUGUCUCCAGCGCCAGCGCAAGUGGUUCAUCUGGUUCGUAUGAACUGAGAACAUCGGAAGCGGAGCUGUCCGGCGAGUCGGUGGCUGCCUCACAGUCGAUCUCGAGUGGCGAAAGCCAGCCGCUCGGAGAAACUAAUGAAGUACGCCAAGUGCCGGCCGUCUCGGAACUCGUUAAUUCCACGGCACAAACCGUUCCCGAAGACCCCAAAACCGCCGACGAGGUCAGCACCGACGCCACCGUGGAUAGCGGUACCGAGCGACCUGAAAGCGACCAGUCGGAGGUCGAAACGGUGCGCCCGGACGUCAGCACAGGUGGCGCAAAUCUCACCGCAAGCGUCAGCGUGGACGAAGACGCCGAAACCGAGCGGUUCGACUUAAGUAGGUACUCAUCCCCAUCGAACUUCUCGGAGGGCGGAAUCGCACUGAAUGGAAGCAGCGCGUCAUCCGCCAUCGGUGAAGAAUUGUCAGAUCUCGCUGAAAAUAACGAGGCUAGCACGGAAGAGUCGGUACCGAGCACUACGGUACCGGCAGCGGUUGCAUCGGACGAUUUUGUUUCCCUUGAUAGCAUCCGUGCGAACGAAACCAUUGAGACGAACAGCUCGCAAUCGCUGGAACGAUCGCAGCUCGAGACUACGACGUACGAGUUCGAAUCGAAUGAGGUGAACCGUAAUCAGACGCAAUCCGGACCAGAUUUACCGGUGCCAACGCGCACCAAGAAGGGUAAGUUCCUGGACGUGGUGAACGAGGAGACGACCGAGGACAACGACAUCAAUGGGGCAGCGUGGGCCCUGGCGGGGAUGCGCAUGGUCGAGAGGAAACAGUCCGACGCGGGGCAGGCCGUGAGCGAGAGCACCGAGGUGGUGCGCGAUGCCGGCGAGAAUGUGGUGGCCAACAACACCCUCAAGCAGCUGAUGGACUGGGCGAUGAUCAUGCAGGAGGCGGACUUCGCGAACAGUUCGUUCGUGCGCUCGACGGUGGCGUCGGACGAUGCGUCGGUGGCGGCGGGUAAGGAUCGAAGGGUUUACGCGAACAAGGUCCCGAACGUCGAAGGGGCCGACGUGCUGAGUGAAGAGAACCGACUCACUGCCGUCGUGACGGAGGUCGCACCGAAGGGAGACGCUGGUGCCGGUACUGAGACGGAGGAAGCGAACGUGGUGGACACGACCUUCGUGCCAUCGACGGAUAAAUCAGCCCGUCCGGAACCGCCGAUCGAUGCGGGUGCGGGGGAACUGGAAGACUUUGGUUUUGAGGAUCGUUCCAGUACCACGACGAUGACAAACGAUGUAGUCGGUGGGGGUGUCAACGUUGUUCCAACGACCACCCGUCGCACGUACGAGGUUAGCGAAAAUGUUGACGAAAGUGCGGAAACGGUAAGGAAUCGUAACACACCCAUGGUUCGGACAUCAACCACGUCGCAGGUUGCGUCCAGCGGGAUGGCCUUCGAGGACGUUCCCGUGACUACGUACUCUCCUUCAUCACCAAUUCUGAGGCGCACCGAGCAAACAACUCCACCGAUGCCGCUGACCACGAUGGUUACCAGAAUUACAACCACCAUGCCGGUGAGGCGUCCUGUGACCACACAGGACACUUCCUCGUUCACGACUACCGAUAUACCCGCGCGCGAUACAACUUUGGUACCGUCAAGUGUCGCUAUCACUACCACAAUGAUUUCGGGUCCCAGCAGUGAGCAACCACUGCGACAGGAGACUACCGGCUCUAGACCGUUGGACCAGGACACAACGGAGUCGUCGGAGGUAUCCUUUAACCUGCUGAAUCGUACCGAGUCCCAGACAUCGGCCGUAUCCACCAUGGCGAGUAUGACCACGGUGGUGCCAAAUCUUUCCACGGUUACACUCUCGAACAACGUUGACACGGAAGACUCUCGAGAUGCUGGGGAGGGUUCGAUUGGACAGCUAGCCACCGGGGCCAGCACGGCGCGUUCCGAUAUUUCCCAGGUGACCACCACCACGGAGGACGCGACCGACGAGGACGUUGGUAAGGUCCCGAUCGUGGUGGAUGAAAAGCACGCGUACGACACUGUCACCACAACACUGGUGCCGAUCACAGUCAGCACGACGAUGUCCACUCCAACGACCACUGCUGCCGCAACAUCUUCGGGCCAACCGGGAGCGGUUGGUAUUUCCUCCGAAGCGUUCACCACACGGCGCACGAUCGAUCGUUCCAUGACGACGACGGAACUAUCCGAGGAGGAAUCGGUCACCGAGGAGGACUACAUCGACAUGAACAACGUGUCCAACAACAACGGAGGCCCGGGACAGAGCCAACCGAAGGCGGAAGUGAUUGGUGAACCGAAACAGGUUGACGGCACUACGGAGCAAUCGCCGGGUGAACCGGCGGCCGAAGGAGACAACAGUGUGGUGGUGGCCGUUGUGGCCAGCAUUGUGAGCGUGAUCGUGGUGCUGCUGUUGAUUGCGGCUUUCAUGUACUAUCCGCCGUUGCAGAUCGUGUUCCGCAAGCGCCAGAACCAGGUUUCAUACGGGCAGCGGUGCCGACCGGUCGGGCUCGACGCGUACAGCCUGGACAACGUGUCGGUGUACAACAGCGUCCGCCGCAAGGGCAAUACGGCGCGUAUGUCGAAGCGCUCGUAUGGCAACUCCGCCUUCGAGGAUCCAAACUUCAAGACCAACCCAUUGUCGGUGGCCGAGCUGGCGAACAUCAUCCAAAACAAGACGGCCAUCUACGACGAGUUCAAGGAGAUACCGAACGUGACGGCGCGUGCCGACGAGGUGCCGGAAGGUUGCGAAGAUAAGAAUCGGUACGCAAAUGUGGUCCCACUACCAGAAACACGUGUCCACUUGAAGCGUUUGAAUAACGACGAAAAGACGGAGUACAUCAAUGCUAACUUCGUCAAGGGCCCGAAAGACUCGGCCAACUACUACAUUGCCUGCCAGGCACCGAUGGAGAACACGAUCAACGACUUCUGGCGCAUGAUCUGGGAGCAAAACUCCAAGGUGAUCAUCAUGGCGACCGAUCUGAGCGAGAAUGGCGUCGAGAAGUGCGCCGAAUACCUACCCCCGUCGGUAGUGCUGGACAACAGUCGCACGUUUGGUGAUUUCCAGCUGACAUUGAAGAGCCGUGAGAACAAGGAAAAGUACACCAUCUCGACGGUGCAUAUGCGCCACGGGCCGAGCAAUAACCUGCGGGAGGUCAUGCACUUCUGGUAUCAGUGGCCCGAUACGGGCGUCCCGAUCGACGAAUCGUCCAUCAUCGGUAUGCUGCUGGAGGCGCGCACGCAUCUGAAGCUCUCACCCUCGGAGCUGGCCGAGUUUGCCACCAUUGCUGAGGAGGAGAACGGCGACGCGACGCCCAGCAAGGCGGAACCGCAGGUCGCCGCAAACGGAACUGACAGUAGCAACAACAACAACAAUAACAACAAUGCCACCAGCAAUGGAACGGCUGGCAAGGAACCGACGAGUAUCGUCAGCAACGGCGGCACGAACACAAUGGACAAGCACAAGUCGCUUCAGCGAACUCAGGGACCAAUGACCGUUCACUGCUCACCCGGGACGGGACGCACCGGUACGCUGGUGGCGUGUGAUAUCGCCCUCCGGCUGCUGGAAGUUCCCCCCAGAACGGUGGAUGUGCCGCAGAUCGUGUACUACGUGCGACGAGGCCGCGCCAGUGCCGUCCGAACGCGGGAACAGUACGAGCUGAUCUACCGGGUGGCCAACGUGUACGCGACCAAACUAACGGGGCCUACCAUAGAAACAUAG